GAGCUGGGCCUGCCUCCCCACGCGUCUAAUGUCUCUGUGUUGGUGGACCGGGGGGUUUGGGGAGAUCGACCUUUCCACUUAGGGGAUCCCCUGAGGCCGAGGUGCAUGUUUCUGCGUGCGUGUGUGAUAGAGAUUUACAGCUAGAAGCGACCUUAGAGAGCAUCUUAAUCCAGCCCUUACAGAUAGGGAAACAGACCUGGAGAGGUUAAGUGACUUGCCCAGGAUCACCCAACUAAUAAGCAGAGCUUGGACCCGAACCUCCAGGACCUCUGUCCUCAAAUCCAGUCUGGGUCACCGUGUGAACCUGAGCCACUUCCAGGAGCCCCGUGUGUGCCCCUUGCCGGUGGGGAUGCCUGGUACCCAUCAUGCGGCUCACUGUCUUUACGUCCCUCGCCUGGGGCUCACUGAUCAGGUCGUGUGACUAAGGCUGCCAGUCUCCAGCUCCCUGCCGAGUCUGCCCACACUAGCCCGGGGUUAGAGUUCACAGGAGCGUGGCCUGAGAGGGCCGAAUCAAAGCCAAUGUCCCCAGCUGGAGGGACCUUGUUCCUGAGUUCCCAGGUCUCAGCAACACAGGAAUAAGCCAGCCAGGAGGGAUAACCGUGGAGGAGGAGAGUGCAUGUGAAGAGAGGAGUACACAGCUGAGCGUGAAGGUGGAGAAGGAUAUUCCAAGAGAGCAGAAAUCGAUCCUUGGAGAAAAAGUCUGAUCCGAGGCCUCUCAAGCUAAUAUUUCAGGACAGAGACCAGAUAUUGACAUCAAGAAGCAGACCCGGGAGUAGUUCCUGAGUAUUCUACCUGGGAAGGUCAGGACUGAGUUAAGUCACCACAUCUAGAGAACAGUGAGCAGGAGUUGACUAUGAAGGAUCUGAUCAAAGGGCUGGAAGAGAAAGGUUUGCCUUUGCAGGACUCCACUCUUCCACAAGUGGGAAGCACAGAGGAGGAUAUGGUUCCUGGGCUCCUGCUAUCUAAGCUUCAGAAAUUAGUGACAUUCCAGGAUGUGGCAGUGGACUUCACAGAGGAGGAGUGGAAGCAGUUAGAUCAUGCUCAGAAGGACCUGUACAGAGAUGUGAUGCUGGAAAACUAUAGGAACCUGGUCUCUUUGGGCUAUCAAAUUUCCAAACCAGAUGUGAUAUCUAAAUUGCAACAAGGAGAAGAGCCCUGCAUAGUGGAGAGAGAAAUCCCAAGAGGCAUCUGCCCAGACUGGAAGACUAAUCCUGGAAUCAAGAAGUCAACUAUAAAGCAGGAAGAAGAAUUAACCCAGGAAGCAAUGAUGGAAAGAUUCACAAGAGAUGGUCUUUGGUAUUCCAAGUUAGGAAAACCCUUUGAAUGGGAUAAUCAGUUAGGGUGGCAUAAGGGAAUCCAGGAGAAACAAUUGAGGCAGGUGACCAUCAGCCACAAGAAAGCUUUCACUGGGAAGAUAGGCCCUGAAUGUAAUGAAUUUGGAAUCAGCUUUAGUCUGAGUUCAAUCCUUAUUACAAAACAGAGAGUUCAUAUGAGAGACCAUAAACUUCAUAAAGAUGGAAAGAUCUUCAAACAUAAUUUAGAUCCAAUUAAAUAUCAGAGAAUAUAUGCAGGGAAGAAGCAACCCUAUAAAUGUAAUGAAUGUGAGAAAGCUUUUAGUCAACAUGAGCAACUUAUUCAGCAUCAGAAAAUUCAUGUUGUGGAGAAACCAUAUGAAUGUAAUGAAUGUGGGAAAGUCUUCAGCCGGAGUACAAACCUUGUUCAACAUCAGAGAAUUCAUACUGGAGAGAAACCAUAUGGAUGUAAUCAAUGUGGCAAAGCUUUCAGCCAGCGUGCACACCUUCUUCAGCAUCACAGUACUCACACUGGGGAGAAACCUUAUGAAUGUGUUGUAUGUGGGAAAACCUUCAGUCAGAAUACACAUCUUAGUCAGCAUCGGAGAAUACAUACUGGAGAGAAACCCUAUGACUGUAAUGAGUGUGGGAAAGCCUUCCGUCAUCUUUCUUCCCUUACUCAGCAUCAGAGAAUUCAUACAGGAGAGAAGCCUUAUAAUUGUAAUCAAUGUGAGAAAACUUUUAGGCGAUGUACAGAGCUUACUCAACAUCUUAGAAUUCAUUCUGGAAAUAAGCCCUAUGAAUGCAUUGAAUGUGGGAAAGCCUUUAGCCGGAGUACACACCUUAAUCAACACCAGAGAGUUCAUACUGGAGAGAAACCCUAUGAAUGUAAUGAAUGUGGGAGAACCUUCAGCAGUAGGUCAUCCAUUGCUCAGCAUCAGAGAAUUCAUACUGGAGAGAAACCCUAUGAAUGCAAUGAGUGUGGGAAAUCAUUCACCCGAAGUACAAUACUUGUACAACACCAAAGAAUUCAUUCUGGAGAGAAACCAUAUAAAUGUAAGCAAUGUGGGAAAUCAUUCACUGACAAGUCAUCAAUUUUUCAGCACCAAAAAGUGCAUGCUAGAGAGAAGCCCUAUGAAUGUCAUGAAUGUGGGAAAUGCUUCAGUCAGAUUUCAUACCUUAUUCAACACCAGAGAAUUCAUACAGGAGAGAAACCCUAUGAAUGUAAUUAUUGUGGAAAAGCCUUUGGCAAUAGAUCAUCCAUUAUUCAACAUCAAAGAAUUCACACUGGAGAAAAGCCUUAUGAAUGUAGUGAAUGUGGAAAAUGCUUUAAUCAGAUUUCAUACCUUACUCAACAUCAGAGAAUUCACACUGGAGAAAAACCUUAUAAAUGUAAUGAAUGUGGGAAAGCCUUCAGGUGGAGUACACACCUUACUCGCCAUCAAAAAACUCAUGUAGAAGGGAAACUUCAUAAAUAUAAUUAACAAGUAUUCAUUAAGCACCUACUUAAAUGGCAAUUUUAUGUUUGUGGGAAGAUACAACUAUUAAAUAAGACAUGGUUCUUGCUCUGGAAGAGCUCACAGUCUAAAAGGGGAUGAUAAGAGGUCUAAAUGGACAAACAUAAAUUAGAAUGUGAUAAAUAUCUAUCAUGCUUUGGUCUAGGAGGCCAGGGCAAUAGGAGUAUUAGGAUAUUGGUGGGCAGUACUCAUUCAGGAAGGAUAAUCCUUAGGGGCAGCUCACCGAUGAUGGGGUGAGAAAAAUCAGAAAUUGUGAAUCAGAUUGGCUCUACCUGUGUAAACAGAACCAAACUGUGAAACAAGUACCAGGUGAGUAGAUGUCACUGAUAACUGGAAGGUAGAGAUAAGAAUUGCAUAUUAAAGCAAGCAGAAACAUGAGGCAUUAAUGGUGGACCUGGUGAGCCUGACAAUGUGGUUUUAUGAGGUAUGUGCAUCCCAGUUUGGCAACUGCUGAAGAGUAGAGUCUCCUCCCCUGUUUAUAUCAAACUUUGGGGAAUGUUGUCUUCCAACUGCAGCUUCCAAAAGGAUUCCAGAUAUUUUCUUCUAAACAGAUUACAAAUAUCUUGUUCCAAACUACUGAAAAUGACGUUAUCAAUUUUGGCAACAUAUGUGUAGGACCCUAUACGUGUUCGUCUUUGACUCUAUUCAUCUGUUCAGCUAAGUUCCAGUGCUUACAUUGAGAAAGGAGAUGAAAUAUUAUUAUACUACAUAUAUUGUAGAGGGAACUCUUAGGCAGGAGAAGCCUUUUUGACCAUUGGGGUUGAAGUUACUCGGGGGUCUAGUGUUUUGACAGCUAUUUGUGUCCUUCACAAAGAAGGUUUGAAAAUACCUCCAGCUCCAACCCUAAAUGAUAGUGCUGCUGGCCACGCAGCCAGGGGAGCCAGAGCUGCAUUAAAAGCGCAUGGUUGUCACUUAUACAUUGUGUUCAUUGCAAAAGACCUUGAAUAUUCUUGGGCAGUUAAAAAAAAAAAAGAG